GCCGCCCCCGCCCCCGCCGCGACCCCCGACACCCUUCAUGCGCUUCCCUUGCCCCGGGCGCGCCGGGCCUGGAACAGGACUGCCACUGUUGAGUCUGUGGGAAUAUGAAUCAGCAGCAGCAGAGAAUGGCUGCAGUUGGGACAGACAAAGAGCUCAGUGACCUGCUGGACUUCAGUAUGAUGUUUCCCUUGCCAGUGGCUAAUGGAAAAAACAGACCCGCGACCCUUGCGAGCACUCAGUUUGGAGGAUCAGGCUUGGAUGAAAGACCAGGAUCAGGUUCCUGGGGAACGGCAGAUCAAAACAGCUCCACGUUUGACCAAGGAAGGCAGAGCUAUGGUGAAGGCCCUCACUACGGUGAGCACCGGGACCUGCCAUCCCACAACAGCAUCUCCUCGUCACCAUUCCUGGGAGCUGGACUUGUGGGGAAGAGCAGUGAAAGAGCUUCAUACUCCACAUUUGGAAGAGACACAGGGAUGCCAGGACUAAACCAGCCCGGUUUCCUGCCAGGCGAGAUGGGAAUCGCCAGCCCGAGCACGCUUUCCCCCACGGGGGGCAAAGGGGGGUCUCAGUAUUUUUCUUACCCCAACAAUCCUCGCAGGAGAGGUGCUGAGAGCAGCAUAGAUGGACAGCCCAAAAAGGUUCGGAAGGUGCCUCCUGGACUCCCCUCCUCGGUGUAUCCAUCCAACUCAGGUGAUGACUACAGCAGGGAUGCAGCUGGAUAUACUCCCUCGAAACCUCCCAGCACUGUGUAUCCUGGAGCCUUUUAUAUGACAGACGGACUCCAUAACUCAGCAGACCUGUGGAGUUCCCCAGGUGCCAUGAGCCAGUCAAGUUACGGUGCCAUGCUGGGCAGUUCCUCGUCCCCGCUCCCGCAGUCCAGUGGCUUCAACAGUUUGCAUCAGCACGAACGCAUGAACUACCAGCUGCAUACAGGAGAGGUGAACGGUGGACUCCCCUCUGUGUCCGGCUUCUCCUCAGCCUCCACGGCGUACGGAGUGUCCAGUCACACCCCCCCGAUCAGCGGCACAGACAGCAUCAUGGGUAACAGAGGAACCACAGCUGGGAGCUCUGGAGAUGCACUUGGGAAGGCUCUGGCCUCGAUUUACUCCCCUGACCACUCUAGCAAUAACUUCUCGUCCAACCCCUCCACCCCCGUCGGGUCCCCACAGGGCCUUGCAGGCUCAUCGCAGUGGCCGCGGGCGGGUGGAGCGGGUGCCUUAUCUCCCAGCUACGAAGGGAGCCUCCACACUUUGCAAAACAAAAUGGAAGACAGGUUGGAUGAAGCCAUCCACGUGCUGAGGAACCAUGCCGUGGGCCAGACCUCUGCCAUGUCCAGCAACCACGGAGACAUGCACGGGCUGCUGGGCUCAGCACCACCACACAGUGCCGCCGUGGGCAGCCUGGGCCAGGCCUUCCCUGCCUCAGUCAUGGCCCUGGGGAACAGGCACCCGAGUCUGGUGGGAGGAGGCCACCCUGAAGAUGGUUUGUCCAGCAACCCCAGCUUGCUCCACAACCAUGUCACACUUCCAUCACAGCCCAGCUCACUCCCAGACCUCAGCAGGCAGCAGGACACGUACAGUGGCCUGUCUGGGGGGCUGGGCCGGAGCAGCGUCUCCUCAGGAACGAGCGAAAUAAAGAGGGAAGAGAAGGAGGAUGAAGAGAACACGUCAGUGGCAGAUAACUCAGAAGAGGAGAAGAAGGAGCUGAAACCCUCCCGGAACAGAACAAGGUGCUCUUUGAACAGCAGUACAGACGAGGCCUUGUCACUGGAGGACAAAGAUCUGAGGGACCGGGAGAGGAGAAUGGCCAAUAACGCCAGGGAAAGGGUGCGUGUGCGGGACAUUAACGAGGCCUUUAAAGAACUGGGACGCAUGUGCCAGAUGCACUUAAAAACGGACAAAGCACAGACCAAACUGAUCAUCCUACAGCAAGCGGUGCAGGUCAUUCUGGGCCUGGAGCAGCAAGUACGAGAGCGCAAUCUGAACCCAAAAGCGGCCUGCUUGAAGCGUCGGGAAGAGGAGAAAGUGUCCGGAGUGGUAGGAGACCCCCAGAUGACACUGUCAGCUUCACAUCCUGGUCUAGGAGAUGGUCACAACCCUGUUGGACACAUGUAAAGAUCUUUUUGUUCCUCUGGGUAUGGAGAUCUGUAGGAAGAAAACCCUUGGCGUGACCUGCAACCCUGUUGAACCACAAACUGUAGUACUGCUCAUACUGACACAUGCAGACGGAUCCUGGUGUGACGUAAGGGGUGGGAAAAAAAAAACACUUUGUCAGAAACAAAACGGAAACAAAAAAUUGCCUUAAGUAUAAAGUGCAGAACAGUCAAUACAUAUCACUCAGUUAGGAGGGGGUGGCGUGUUCUCUUGGCUUGUUCACAAGCAGCCAGCAGCAAAAUUGUGCCUAAGCUUGAUAUUUCUUUUUUAAAAAAAAAGAACAUUAGUUAUGAGAUUUUUUAUGUAGAACAAAUAGCAAUGCCUUUUGGUUUUUUUUAGCUUCUUUUGCAUAUGUUUUGUAAGCAACGAAAAAUUUUUUUUUUGUAUAAAAACAUGUCUUGUACCCUCCGCUUUUCUGCUGCUGUUUCUAUAGUUAACGUUGCAUCUUUAGGAUCAACCAGAAUAUUAAAAUUGUAUUAAGAGAGACUGGAUAUAAAGAGAGGAAUUCUCAGAUUCGGCUCAGAAAGCCACUAAAAGCGAAUGUAGCCACAGUGAGGGAAUGUUCUUCCUUGCCUGGCUUGUACCUUCCAUGACAAAAAACAAACAAACUCAUGUGCUGAAUUCACCAUCUCUUUGCUUCGGCCACUUCUGAUUUGGGAAAAGGAAGUUGAACAGCAAAGCAAGUGGCAGCAGUGCUCCCGCUCCCCCCGGCGGUGGGUGACUGAGGUGACUCGCAAGGUUUGCUUUGUUCCCGGAGAUCCCGAGGGGAGGACAAGCUGCUGAGAGAGAGCAGCCCCGGGUGGAGGAGAACCAAGGGACUGAGGUGCUUCCAGGUGAGCAGAGCAGCAAGGGAUGCACGAGAGGAGCGCCUCUUCCCAGAGCUAUGGAGGCACUUCCAGGAGCAGCACUGAACAAAGACCAACUGAACAAAGCUGGAGCACAGGCAAGAGGCAGAGGCAGCCAGAGCACAGCAGCAGCAGUGGAUACAAGGCCAGGAAGCCGGGCAGCAGCAGACCUGAGGAUGCUGGAGCAGGAAGGGAGCAGGGACCUGGCUCACUCCAGCCUCGGCAAAGCCAUGACCAGCAGCAGGAUCCCCUCCUGCAGUGGAGCUGCUGCCAUCGGAAAUGCCAAGUGCUGGCUCGGAGAGAGGGGUGGCUUCACUGCCUGCUGUCACCUGCUGUCACAUCUCCCAGGCAUCCUUGGAGGCAAACUGAGCUCAGCACUGUGCCAAGGGCUUUGAGCGGGCACCAUCACCUGCACGUGGGCUCCUCUCUUAGCACUGGGAAGGAGGGCAGCAGGAGUGCCUGUCCUGUACCGUGUGCUCCAGCAGCCAACCUGGGCCAGCCAACCCUUCACUCCAAGGGAUUCCCAGUCACUCCAGACCACUCUGGAGUGCUCAGCAGGAGAAGGAUCCUUGGCAGCCCCUCUGGGUGCCGCGGAGGUGUGUGGAGCAAAGAGGUGCUGGGCAGUGCUGAGCUGCAGCAGCUGGUCUGGUGAUGGCCAUAGAAAAACAUCCACCAGGAAUUUACUCUUGUUUCUUCCUUCUCCUUCCUCUUCUGAAACAUUUUGUGCCUGGUUCUUCCCAGCUCUGCAGAGCCCCCAGUCAGGAAGGAUGGUGUAUGGGACGUGGGUGCUGGUCUGGGGGGAUGUGGUGCUGUAACCCCUUUCCCCUGCAGGGUCCAUCUCUCCCCUGUGCUGCUCCAGCCUGGGCUCCUGGGGAAGCUCUGUUGCUUUGGCACAGGGAAAGGGAAGGACUGGCAAACAGGAUUAGGUCCUGUGGUACUUCCCAGCAACCCCAGGCUUUGGCAUAGCCUGGUGCUCCUCCAUGCUCAUGGCUGUGCUCUGUGCUUUGGCAAACCCUGCUACAAGUGCUUAUCUCCCACCCACACCUGGGCACUGUGGCUUCAGCCCCUGUGGCAGCUCCAAGCUGAGCCACUCCAAGUGCCAGGGCAGGCUGGGACUGUCCCUGCUGCUCCUGGCCCUGCCCUGGGGCUCCCCAACAUCCAGCCAUCACUCUGAAGCUUUUUGGUGCUCCUGGCAUUCCCCAGCUUGCUGCUCCCACCAUUCCUUCUGUAUGGUGAAACCUCAGCAGCCCCAGCUCUGUCCCUGGGAAGGCCAGGAAAGCUCAGUGGUUCCAGUAACCCAGGUUCUUCUUGCCUGUGUCAACAGACACAUUUUAGCCUCAUCAGCUCGUCAGGUUAUGCUUCCCUCUCUUGGGUUCUUCUGGCUGCUGAAGCAGUGGGCAGAGAAAUGGAUGAGGUUUUCCUCCAUGUGUGACAACCUUGACUCCCAUUCAUGCUUUAGAGUGCAAAUUGGAGGGCUCAGCACUGCUUUUUGUUUCCUCCAUGAGAAUUCCUGCUCCAUUGGUGGGACAGUGCUGGGGCUGCAAAGUACCCACUGCUCAGGGGUUUGGCUGGCUCAGCGCCCCUGUCCCAGGAGAGAUGGAGCAGUGUCCCAGCCCUGGAAAGCUUGAAACCCUAUUAAAAAAUACUUAAAAGUGGUUCACAAACCCUUUGAUUUUGCCCCACAAAUUGGAGGUGGCAGUCAUGGACAAUUGGACUUAAAUAGACUAAUCAAGAAAAUUCCAUAAAUUCAACAAAAUUGGAAAUCUGAGAAGAUUUAUGAGUUGUUCACAAAUUUGCUGAACUUCUUCAUCUCCUCUGAGUCCUGCAGCCAGGGAGGAAUCCCAGUAAGCCAGAGCCUUUCUCACAGUGCCUGAAUCCCCAGGCAUUGCAACAAAAAUGGGGCUUUUUCAGCUGCAUUUAGGUGGUUUAAGUGGUUACUCUGACAGCAAAUCCAGCCAACUUCCUUCUGUGGCAAGGCUUGGGUGAAGGUCCUUGAGCACAGGCCCUCAGAGCCAGGGUUUGGAAAGAUCAUUUCAAAAGCACAAUGUAAGGGGGGGUCAGUGGUCUCCCUGAAGCUGCCUCGAUGGCACAGGGUGACAGCUUUGUGUGCCAGCCCAAUGUGGCAUCUCUGCUUUCCAGGUGCUCAGGGAACAAUUGAGAAGAGCAGCAAGAAAAAAUUCUUAUGUCUUGUUCAGUGUGAACAUGGUGCCUGCAACCAGCCAGGGGAAGUGGCUUUUCUAAAAACAAUCACUGCCAGGUGCUGUCCCCAAAAUACCACCAGCCCAGCCCUGAAAUGUCACCCUGUAGCAAUGAAACUUUUGUCUUUAGGUGUUGUGGUGAGUGAGGGCCAGCUCUGCACCCUCCCCAGCCUACAGCUCUUCUCCAUUCCACUUGGGAUCUUACAGAUCCCCAGACCUGCUCCUCUGCCUGUCUGCAUGUCCCCACAGCAGUGGUGCUGCCAGGACAGGUGUCACACGUGGGUGACAUGCUGUACAGUGCCAUUUAUUCCAUUUUCUCCUUCCUCUCUCAGCCUUUGCUUGCGUGGCCGCUCCUGGGGACACGUGCCCUCCUCUGAGGCCACUGAGCCCCCCCAAAGCUUCCUUCAUCAGAUGGGGCUGCCUUCCCUUCUGUGCAGUUUCUUGUUCCUCUUUCCCCAGGCUGCAUCCCAGUGAAGCAGCAGAACUGGGACACUGCCAUGGGACAUUUCUUGUGUCCCCAGCCCAGGGGCCUCUCUUGCCCCACUCAGCCAGCCCCUGCCUCCCUGCUCACGAGCUGUGCAUGCCACAAUACUGGGGAGUAGCUGGAAUCCAGUCUAUGAACAGUAAAAUUGCAGAUUUUUUUUUCUCCUUUUUCAAAGCAGCUGCAGCUUCCCAUGGGUUGGUGCUCAGGCAGUAGAGGCAGCUCCUGCUCUCAGCCCCAGGGAGCAGAAUUCCAGCUGUUUGGCAUUCACCCCUGCCCAUGACCCCCUACUCACAGCCCCAGCCAGCAUCUUGGGGCUCUCUGCUCCCCUGCUGUCCCAGCUAUCCCAUAGAGGUGUGUUGGCAGGAAAGAUGGAAUCAAGCUGUCAUUUCCUCAGGAGGCUGCAAUUCCAGAGUCAGUGCAGAAACUGCUCUCCAAGGUCCUUUGUGUCUCACCAGUGCCCCCACUGAAUCCAGCAGAGCCUUUGGGCCCUUGCUGGGUGGUUCCAGUUGUGGGAGCUGGAGAAACAGGAGGCUUUGGAAACCCCCAGUCUCCUGCACCCCCUAAGCUUUGCUGCCAACUUUGGGGCCUGUGGAACCCAAGUUCCUCUUGCAGGCCCUGCUGUGCUAUAGUGGGGAGCCUGGGCCUGCUCCAUUUCCAUCCCUGAGCUUUGGGAGGUGGAGCAAAGCUGGGGAUGGAGCUGGGCCAGGACAAGCUUCAGCCCCCACCUGCAGUGCUGGCUAACCCAGAGCAAGCCCUGGCCACUUGACUCCCGCAUUCCUGCUCAACACCAGCAAUAGCAAGGCCUGUUUUUAGUACCCUGAGCUUGCACAAGGUCUUUGCCCUGUUAAAAAUCCUAUGCAAAUCUUAUCCCUCUCCCCUGUCCCAGGACUCUGCAGAUCCCAGCCUAGCCCAUUCUCUCUGCUCUUGUCCAUGAUUGCUCCUGAGUUCCUGCUCCCUGCUGCCCCCAGGGUCCGGAUUCAUUCCUGGCAGCUCCAGAAGCAUUUGAGACUUGUGCCCUGGAGCUGGGAGGGGGCAGGUGAGUCUGUGGGAACAUCCAGCCACACUGAGCACUGAACUGGAGGGGGCAAGGCCUGCUCCUGGGGCUCCUCCACACACCCUUCACUCUCCUGUGCCUUCAGCUUGAUGCUGGUGGGCACUGCCAGCAUCCUUCAUCCCCCAGCCCCCUGAGAGGAGAAGCUCUGUUCCACCUUGUGCUGCCCAGACUGCCCUGUUCUAACACCCGAGCCUCAGGCUCGGCUGGGGCUGCUCUUCCUUCAGCCACUCCAAGCCUGAGGGGUGUUCCCCUUCCUCCCAGUGCCCAUUGACUGGGCUGCAGGCAGGAGGAUUUGGGGGUGGGUGCUGCCAGUGUCCCACAGCACAGCUGCCUCUCCCUGCCCUGGAGCAGGUGUCAGGGGACCUGGUGCUCUGUACUUUGAUUUCCAGGACAAUUCAGCCCUUCUGGGGAGCCAGCACUGCUGUGCCUUGGCCUGCAGGACUCCCACGGGGAGGUGGGCUCUGGUUAGGAGGGUGGUGCAGGCUCCACGUCACCUUCUGCCAAACCUUGUGUGUCUAUCUUCAGCCAGCUCAGGGCCAAGGGCAGUCCUCUCAUGGGUCUCCACACUGGUAUCUCUGUUCCCCUGGUUUUGUACCCCUGCUGCUCCUCAGGGCUCUCCAUUCCCAUCCUGGCCCAGCCCAGCCCAUGCCGUGGUGGAGGGCGAGGCUGUAACACACCCUGGGACAUCUCAGCUGCAGCACCAGCUCGGGAUUGCAGAGGAUUUCUGCUUCCAGCCGGGGUGUGCUGCUUCCAGCCGGGGUGUGCUGCUACCGAGGCCUUUUGCCAGAGCAUCCCCGUGCCCUGCAUCCCCGGGCUGUGGCGGGCUGGAGCUCCAGGACACCGCAGGUCCCCCUUCCCAGGGCCACGUCUUCCCAAAUGACUCAAACCCAGCAGCUUUUGAGCAAACCUUGUAACGUGGAGCCACUCGAGGGAAGGAGCCGUGGGAAGCCACGCACCAGGCACUGCUCACGUGCCAGGAGAGGGGAAAGAGGCGCCUGGUGAGGCAGGACAGGGAGGAUCCCAACCCCACGGUGGGAAUGACCUGCUGGGUGCCCAGGGCUCUUGCUCUCUGGGGAAACAAAGCAUUCCUGGGAUGUUCUUUAUAUUUUUGUAGGAUUGGGGGUGGGAGAGCAGAUGGAAGAUGCCUGCGGAAGUUGUUUAUUUUUAACCCUGUAGAAAGUUUUGGGUUGUUUUUGGUUUUUGGCCUUUAAAAUAAAAAAUGGUCCUUGCUUUUGAUGUUUAUGCUGCCUACCUGUAAAUCCAGAUGUACUUAAGUGGCUGAAAUCCUUGUUCUUAAAUCAGAUACACAUUAUAGUUUUGAACUAUAUAUAUAGUAAAUAUAUAUAUAUAUAUGCCUAACCCAGCAAAAAAAAAAAAAAAAUAAAGUAUUUGGGGGUGGGAAAUGCGUUGCUCUUUGAAAUGAAUCACAAUUGGGGGAUGAAAUUGUGUUUCUGAGUGCCUCAAGAUAUGAAUUGUUUUCAUUUUUUUAAAUAAUUUUAUACAAGUGUCAAAACAGCUGGCUGGAUUAUUUGGAAUUUUUAAAUAAUCCUAACUUUUUUAAAGUAGAUUUUGAGAACUGUCCUGUAUAUAACAGUAAUGUAGCAAUAAAUGUGACAUUUUAUAACAAUA